AUGGUCACCCUCUCCGAAACCGGCGCCCACUGGAUCGGCGAGCGCAUCGGCUACGCCUCCAACGGGGCCGCCGGCGCCCUCCUCGCCCUGUUCGCUGACUGGCUCUUCCCGCGCGGCCUGAAGACCAUUUACAUACAGUUCGACCUCCUGUACCGCGCGUACCGCGUGGACAACGCCCUCGCCAGCUCGGGGGCCUCUAAGGCCCGGCGCGGUCUGACAAUCUGCGCCUGGAUGGCCCUGGCCUUGGGGUUCGGCGUCCUGGUGCCCGGCGCGCGGUUGAUCGUCGCCUACCACGGCGUGACAGGCUACGCGGGCGGGUUCGCCCUGACGACGCUGACGUACCUGCAGACCGACGGCCCGCCGGGCCAGGAACGGAUGGCGCGGAUUGCGUCGAGGGACGCGGCGGCUGUGUAUGGGGCGCUGGCGUUCGCGCUGACGCAUCGGCCGUUGAUGUGGUCGUUGGCGAAGUGGACGUUCUUCAGGCUGACAUUGCCUGCGCUGUGUCUUGUGGCAGCACUGUACGUCCUGAGGGCAUGGCUACCCCUGACACGGGUCCGGGACUGGGUGCUGUUCGACGUCGUGGCCAAGAUCCCCGCAGUCUGGGACCAGCUCGACAUCUGGGAGGCGCAGUUGAUGGAACGGCUGCCGCACUACCUCCAAGACAGGUGGUCGUCGUAUCAGCAGAACCGACCCCAGCGCCGCAACACGCCUCUCUACAAAUACCAACCCCUGAAAGAAGGCGAGAUCAGACUCCUGGUCCUCAAGCGAUCCCGCUGGUUCCCCAGCGUCCUCCGCGCCCACCUCGUCCACGCGCCCCUCGACGCGGCCCCCGCGUACGAGGCGCUCUCCUACCGCUGGGGCUCGGUCGCCCGCACCAACGAGAUCCUCGUCGACGGCGCCCGCUUCCCGGUCACGCGGUCGGCCUUCGACCUGCUGCUGGCGCGGCGCUCGGUCUGGCGCAACCGCACGCUCUGGGUCGACGCGCUGUGCAUCGACCAGGACGCCGCGGCCGAGAAGAGCGCCCAGGUGCAGCUCAUGCGCACCAUCUACCAGAAUGCCGACCGCGUCGUCUUGGUACCGCGCGGGCCCGACUGGUGGCGCGCGCGCGCCGCUGCCCCGCUGCUCUACGAGCUCGCGGCCGCGGCGUACCAAUUCGAAGGCACGCCGCGCGAGUUCCACGACCUGUACGCGGGCGAGCGGCAGUCGCCACGGUGGCGCGCGAUGGUGGCGCUGUUCGCCGACGACUACUUCGCGCGCGCCUGGGUCAUCCAGGAGAUCGCCGUCGGCCGACGCGUCGAGCUGUAUUUUGGGGGGCUGUACAUCCCAUGGGCGGUGUUCCUCGAGGUCGUCGGGCUCUGCAUGGACCCGCAGCGCCGCAACAUGCUGAUGAUGGGCGAUACGCGCGAGGCGAAAACGUUUGUGCGUGGUGACACUUUCGAGAAUAUUGCCCUUAUGGGUAUUUUGCGGGCGGGCGACUCGGGCGCCGCCGACCUCCCGGGCGCCGGCGGGCUGGGGCUGGGCGCGCUGCUGUUCUCCGCGAGCAAGUUCGGCGCCACGGACCCGCGCGACCGCGUGUUUGCGCUGCUAGGUCUGGCGCGGUCGGGCGAUAAUGAUGAUGGUGAUGAUGGUGCGCAGCAGCUCAUCCGGCCGGACUACGAAAGGCCCGUCGAGCACGUCUUCCGCAACGCGAUGGAGGUCGCGCUGACCGGCCCGCAGGAGCACCGGUGCGUGCAGCUGCUCGCCCUGGCCGGCACGGGCUUCUCCGCGCAGAGGAUGGCUGACUUGCCGUCGUGGGUGCCGGACCUGAGCGAGGAGCGGCUCUGCUUCCCGUACGCGGACGGGUUCGGGCACCCCGGCUGCUACAACGCCUCCGGGAACCGCACGGCGACGGUGGUGCUGGACGGUGAUUACGACGGCUCUGUCUCUCUCGGUGGUGUGGUGAUCGAUCGCAUACUGGAGCUCAGCACAGGGGCAGCGCUGGACUUCGGCGUCGAGGCCGGCGCGCAGUUCGAGGUCCUGCGGCUCGGGCGCGUGAAGUACCACUUCGUGCAGGCCGCCAUGGAACUAUGCAGGAAGCAUGCGGGCUCCGCCGACGCCGCAGCCGAGAUGCUGGAGCAGCGCCUCUGGCGGGCCCUCGUUGCCGGCCGCGUCGAGCGGCAGCCCGCGGGUCCGCGGUUCGGGGCGGUGUUCCAGUCCUGGCUGCUUCUGAUAACGACGAUGGCUGAGGCGCGGGACUUUGCCGACUUCGAGCAGCAUGUCCGGCGCGAGGGCCUGCUGGACCUGCCGGAAUGGGCGGCCAUCAACGACGGGAGCUCGACGAGCUACGAUGUCAGUACUGUGGAUGGCGCCUAUGGGCGGCGUUUCGCUGUCAGUGCUGCUGGGCGGCUGUGCCUUCUGCCGCCGCUGACCGAGGCCGGGGACUUGAUUUGCAUCCCGUUUGGGGCGCAGACGCCGUUUGUUAUUCGGCAGCGGGACACGACUGCUGGUAAGGGAGGUGAUGAGUUGGUCGGUGAGGCGUUCGUCGAGGGUGUUAUGUAUGGUGAGGCGAUGGGUAUCGGGGAGGAAGAAAUGAUACGGUUGGCGUGA